UGAAAAUAUGGCUAUGUUGAGUGUAAAGAAUAAAUCAAAUGGAAAGCUAAAAGCUACCUCAGCUUAUGUUCGACCUAAUUUGAAAUCGACAUACACCUCAACCCACCAAACUCUAUCCGCUCGCUCUAAAGUAAGUCAGAAGACAGACAUAACUCCCGCGGAUAAGAAACCAACAGCAGAAAAGCUCAAUACCAGUGAAGAUAGUGACAAUGAAAAAGAGGAACACGAAUCGGCCGAUUGUAACAAUGAACCUGAAAUUCCUGAAGUGUACAAAAAGCAAGGGACUGCCACAUAUUCCUCGUGCACAGGGUAUUCAGAGACUACAUGUCUAUGCAGUAGUUACGACGAUACGGCCGCCCUAAUUAACUCGAAACGAUUGUCGUAUUCGGAUCGACGAAACUGGAUCAGCACCGAACGUUUGUAUGAGCUUCGAAAGAAAGCUCAAGACGCAAUCAAACACAAGAAAACGUUCACCAUUCGCGGUUGCUUCUAUUCGAUACGUAAAGGAUUAAUUGAACGAGGCUGGGUGGAAAAACUGGAUAUUCAUCGGCGGGCUCCUGUUACCGGAUUGUGUCAAGUGGUGUUGGAGGAUUUUACCCAACAUUUACCAAUUCGACGGCCGGGUGAAUCACGGCGACAGCAUCUACUUAAGUGUGAAAGGAACAUCAUUUCGCGGUUCUUGGAGCAUAUGCCAAUUGACUUUUUGUGGUCAGCCCGGAAGGAGAAGACUGACUGGAUUGAUAUGGCACGGAAUCCGUCGAUGACAAUAAAUAAAUUCCACAAAAGUCCAUUCACUACGAAAGAAGGCCUGAACAAUGUGUUACACGAUUUUCAUUGGUUUUUCGACGAAGGCAAGUCGGAGACAUAUUUUCCGCGAAGUUUUAACGUUUGGAGUCAAGACGAACUAGGCGAAUUCAUCGAUAAUUUCCGUCUGAGCGCUUGCAUUUCCCUGCUUCGAUUCAUUAUGGAAACAUCAAGCGAAAAAGGCGUUGACGCCAUUAUAUCUCCAUCGGGUCAAAUAUCUGCCGCUUGCAUUGAAUUCGCAAUGAAACAAUGCAAGCUGUACGUUCGUUCACGUUUGCAUUUCGAUAUUGAUGAGGAUGUUGAACGAAUUUGGGACCAUGAAUGGGAUGUGUUUUUGAUGCAAUCACAAAUGGUGAUCCAGGAGGGGGCUAAGAUAAAAGAUUCCGAGGUGAAUUCGGUGGAAACUCUACUCAUGAUCAUCGAAAAGGUGCUGGAAGAAAUGGCCGAACAUUGGUCACAGUAUAACCUUGACGGUGUCUAUAACAUUUGGAUCGUUAAGCCGUCGAAUAGGUGUCGCGGACGUGGCAUUCAUUUGAUGAACGACCUGAAGAAAAUUUUAACCUUCGUCAAUCCACCAGUUGUGAAUAAAGGACAUUAUGUUCUGCAGAAGUAUAUCGAACGCCCACUAAUCAUCCACAAUUGCAAAUUUGAUAUUCGUCAAUGGUUUCUGGUAACCAGUGUUCAGCCACUCGUCAUAUGGAUGUACAACGAAAGUUACUUGCGGUUCAGUUCCCAAGAAUUUACGUUGGUGGACUUCCAUGAAUCGGUUCAUCUAACAAAUCAUGCGGUCCAAAAGCGUUACAAAAAUGGUCAACGUGACGAAAGGCUUCCCCGAGAAAAUAUGUGGGAUUGUCACACAUUCCAAGCGUAUUUGCGACAAAUUGGCAAAGCUGAAAUGUGGUCGGAGAAAAUCUAUCCCGGUAUGCAGAAAGCACUGAUCGGAACGCUGCUGGCGUCACAAGACACAAUGGAUCGUCGAUUAAAUACCUUUGAGUUGUUUGGCGCAGAUUUUAUGGUUUCGGAGGAUUGUCAACCGUGGCUUAUUGAGAUUAAUUCCAGUCCGGAUCUAGGUGCUUCCACUAGUGUUACAGCACGACUUUGUCCACAAUGCUUGGACGACGUACUGAAAGUUGUAAUAGACUACCGUAACGACCCAAAAGUUUCCACCGGUGGAUUUCAAAUGAUCUAUAAACAGGUCAUUCCUCCUGCUCCUGCCUACUUAGGUCUGAACUUAUUCCUCAAAGGAACGCAGAUUCUGCACCACAAAGGAUCAAAGAAAGACAAACUGAACAAGAACGAAAUGCUGCGGAAUACUAACAUCAAGCCACCACCCGUUAUUCAGCCUCAUUACACAACCAACAAGGAAGUAAUGCCAACCAUAAAUGCUAGCCGCACAUUUAUCAUUGACUUCACCGAAUGCGACAGCAAAAGUCCCGAACGAAUCAAUCGUAUACCACGGAAACCAAGAUUGCCAUUGUUUAAUAAGAAGUCGAAUUACUUGACGGACUCCGCCGUGAAACCCAAAAUACAGUCGUCAGUGUUGAGACGCACAUCCGGAUCGAAAAUUUUUAAUGAAAAUAGUGCCCGAGGGAAACCACUUGAUUCGGCCAGACGUCAUGCGAGCUGUGGACCUCGUCUCACGAGUAUAGUGCAAAAUUCGAAUGUGGAUGAGUUACCACCGACGAAUUCCAUCAUCCAGCCGGAUCCGAUCGAAUCGAACAAUAAUAAAAAGGAAUUCGAAUGCAUCGGCAACAAGUGUUGCGUUGAGGGUUUGCCGCAAUUGGCAACUGAUUGUAAUGAAAAUUCGAUUGUAAGCAAAAGCUGUACGCCGAGGAAAGGAUCGGUAGAGAAUUUAAAUUUGAACAAUAAAAAGCAGAAGAUGGGACUGGUGAAGUCAAAAACGAGCGGUAGCAUUCCGUUGACGAAAAACGGCAAACUGUUGGCCUGCAUCGACAAAGACUACCAAAAGUUUGUCGGCAAAAAUGUGAAUGCAAACAAAAUUCAAAAUCGGCCAGUCAAUGAUGGAUACUGUUCACAUUUCUUUGCCGUUGGUUUGAGCCUGAGAGCGUGGCGGUCGAAAUACAAUAAAAUUGCUAAGCUCCAAAAAGAUGGUCCUCUGACACCAAUACCCAGUAAUGUUCAUGCCACUAGCGAUCGAAAAAUUAAGAGCAACGAACUAUUGAAAGUACCAAAAUCCAGUGAGACCUUAUCGUUGAGUUAAUAAACUGUACCAGAUAUAAACUGCACCUCCGAAACUUUACGUUGCAUUCGAAAUUAAAAGCUUCUAGUCUCUGCGAAUAUAGAGCGUGUUCAAUUUUUUCUGUGAUGUUAACUCCGUACAAAAGUAAAAUUUAAUUCAAUCAAUAAAACCCGAUGAAUA